UCUUGGAAUCACAUUAGUGUUUCAGGUUACUCUCUGAGACCCUGCAUGAGCACGCGACUCAUUGAUUGACCUGCUAUCGUUAAUUGAAAAUAAAGUUAUUUGCGUCCCCAUUUAUCGGCGACAGCGGAUACACUUGUGUUUUAUUGCUCACGGAGCGGAGAAGCAAACUCAGGAUUUUAAAAGAAAACCGUCAUGGCGACAGCUAGCGUUACCCCGAGCCGUGAAGCUGGCCGGUCGGCGGCCUCUACACCUCUCUCCCCGACCAGGAUCUCCCGCUUACAAGAGAAACAAGAUUUGCAGCACCUGAACGACAGGUUGGCCGUUUAUAUCGACCGUGUCCGGUCUUUGGAGCUGGAGAACGACCGGUUGAUGGUCAAAGUGUCUGAGAAAGAGGAGGUGACCACUAGAGAGGUGACAGGCCUGAAGUCUCUGUAUGAGGCAGAGUUAGCUGAUGCUCGACGGGUUUUGGAUGAAACUGCGAAAGAGCGAGCCCGGCUGCAGAUAGACCUGGGCAAGGCUCAGGCUGACCUGGAAGAAGCCACACGCAGUGCCAAGAAGAAGGACAGCGAUCUUGCCGCGGCGUUGUCCAGGGCCAGUGGUUUGGAAAGCCAGCUGAACAAGAGUGAAGCAUCUCUUGCUACAGCUUUAAGUCAGAACGCUGCUCUGACUUCUGAGCUGGCUGAUGUCAAGGUCCUGCUGGCUAAGGCAGAGGACAGCCAUGCUGUUGCUAAGCGGCAGCUGGAGGCAGAGACCCUGAUGCGCGUAGACUUGGAGAACCGCUGUCAAUCCCUGAGUGAGGAGCUGGAGUUCAGGAAGAGCAUGUUUGAAGAGGAGGUGCGUGAGUCUCGGCGUCGCCAGGAGCAGAGGAUAGUGGAGGUGGAUUCUGGAGUCCGACAGGACUUUGAGUUCAAACUGGCACAAGCUUUACAGGACCUAAGGAGGCAACAUGAUGAGCAAGUCUCUCUCUAUAAGGGAGAACUGGAACAAACCUUCCAGGCCAAGUUGGAUAACGCCAAGGUGUCCUCAGAGAUUAAUGACAAGGCAAUGAGCACAGCCAGGGAGGAGCUGCAGGAGUCCCGUGUGAGAAUAGAGGGUCUUGGGUAUCAGCUGAGCGCCCUGCAGAAACAGUUGGCCAACUCAGAGGAUCGCAUCAGAGAGCUGGAGGAAAUUCUGUCUGCAGAGAGAGACAAGCACCGCCGUGCCAUGGAAGGAAAAGAACAAGAGAUGAGUGACCUGAGAGAAAGGAUGAACGCUCAGCUCAGUGAAUACCAGGAGCUGCUGGACGUGAAGCUUGCCCUAGAUAUGGAGAUUAAUGCAUACAGGAAACUGCUGGAGGGAGAGGAGCAUAGGCUGAAGCUGUCCCCCAGCCCAUCACCUCGAGUCACUGUUUCCAGGAUAACAGGCUCUUCCUCCUCCCGCUCCUCCAAGAGGAAGAGGGUGGAAGCAGAGGCUAAGGAUGCGGCAGAGGUGGCAAGAGGAGAAGGGCAGCUGCUGGUGUCUGAAGAAGCCACCGCUAGCGGAGCCGUCACCAUAUCGCCCACUGACAUGGAUGGAAACGCAGUCACACUGGCCAAUGACACUGAGCAGGACCAGCCGCUGGGCAACUGGAGGUUGAAGAGACAGGUUGACAACGGGGAAGAGAUCAUCUACAAGUUCUCCCCAAAGUUUGUCCUCAAGGCUGGACAGACAGUCACAGUGUGGUCUGCUGAUGCUGGUGUGGCCCACAGUCCACCAACUGACCUGUUGUGGAAGAGUCAGACUUCCUGGGGCACAGGAAAUGACAUAGUUACCACUUUGAUCAACGCUGAUGGCGAGGAGGUGGCCACAAGGAGCGUAACCAAGACUGAGGUGGAGGUAGAGAAUGGAGAGGAAGAGGAGGAAGAGGCACAGACGGGCAAAGUGUCAUCCAGAGAGUGUGCCAUCAUGUGAAGCCUUCCCCUUCGGCUGGCUUUCACUUCCCCAUUAUAUAUUUUUUUCUCUAGAGCCACUCAGUUAUGAUCUUAUCCAUUGCCUCAUCGUUAUGUGUUUUUUAUUCUUCAAGACAAUAUAAGAAUUUUUGGACUAAUGGACUCUUUUUACUGCCCUCCACCUCUCUGGACCUGCUUUAAUGAGUCCAUUUUCAAAUAUUACUAGCAAAGUGUGUGGAUCAUGAUGAUGAUGACAAUGAUGAUGAUGGAUCCAAAUAUUCUGUCAGACUGUGGUCUUGCAGCUGAAUUUUCCCCUCCCUUACUACUAACAGUACUCUACAUGUCGAUGAUUUUUUUUUACCACUGGCUGUCUUUUGUUCUUCUGCGGUUCAUUCAUUCUUCAUACACAGUAGAACACAAUCUGUAUCCUGUUUGAGUUCUCAAGAUAAAGGACCUCCGCUGUAUAGCCAUAGAAAUAUGAUAAAUUCAUAGCAAACAAAAUAUCGAGCAAGUCUUAAUUGGAUUUUGGAGAACAGUGUUUUUCUCCAAAAUCAGGACUUUUAAGUGUUUCCCAUUUAUAACAAAUUUGUGUGGAUAGAUAGAUUUUUUCUGAAUAUUUUAUUUAUGUCUUCCGCUGAAAAGUCUAGUCCAUUUUCUUUGUAUCUAAAUAGCCAAAUAUCAUAAAUCACAAAUUUGCCUCAAGAGGCUUUACAGUCUGUCCAGCGUACGACACCCUCUGUCCUUAGAUCCUCAAUUCAGAUCAGGAACUGAUUUCCCGAAUCCAAAACAACCUUUUGAAUACACUGCUGGUUUGUGGUUAACUGGCAGGUGUUGGACUGAAGCUUAGACUCAAAACUGAAUGUCAAACCUUUGGGACACACUUGUUCGUAGCAAGAGCUGUUGUGAGUACCUGUUGGAGCUCCCUGCAGCAGGGCCAACUCAUCCUGGAAAAAAAAAACAC